AUGGCCGACCCGGGGAGCGACAAUGGGAGAGGCCUACUCGCACAGCCGACCCCCUCGGACACGCUGUCAGUGCUUUGGGAAUCUCCAAACCUGGAUUUCCCAGAAGCCGUUGCUUCCCUUUCGGAGUUGAACCACACCAUUCGCAACUUUGGGUUCAUGGCUACCUCCUUGGACCAGUUGGACCAGUGGUCGGAGUCGCAUGGUCUUCUGGACUUUGGCCCCGUGACAGUUGCGGACCUUCGGUGUCUUUGGCACGGGGCGCUUUCCUUGGCCUGCUCUGAGGGAUACAUGGCGGUGGUGCCUUCCCCGCCGCACCCCUCCGCUCCUCCCUCGCCACAGGAUCCUUCCCUCAGCACGGCUUCAGACCCCAGCCAGGCCGCGUCAGCUGCGGCAUCAUGGAACGAGCCUUUCCCGGCUAAGCUCUCCUCGGACAAAACGGCAGAGCCUCGGGCUGCUUUUCUGCGGACAUAUCCUAGCGAGGUCUUGGACGAUUCCAGUACGCCUUCGGCUCGUCUCCUUGCUUUGGCUUUUAAACAAGCCUCGUCCCAUCAGUGGUGCUUCAUUCCUUGGCGCUGGCGCAUGUCCGUGCAUGAGCUGGAAGAACAGCAAUUGCAGCGCCCUCGCAAGCUGGCCAGGACCGAGCUGGCAGAUCUCGUUUGGGAUGAUGUCCCGCGUUUGCACAGUGUGGCCAUGGCCAGGGUCACUGACGUGCACUUGGUGACGCUUAAGAAGUACGAUUCCACCUUCCUGCGUUUUGCCUCGGCUCGCUUUGACAGCAGCAUUGGCCUUCGCCCACCCAAUGUACUGGAAUGUGAGCAGGCAGACCGCCGCUUUUGGGAGGCCGUGUCCGCACUCCGUUUGCAGGGUUGGUCUUUGGAUGACUGUAUCCAUGAGAACACAGCUGUCCGUAGCGAGCUGGCUUCUCUUUUGGCACCGCGUGUCUUUCUGCCCAAGGCCAUGCUCCGUCUGGAGGGCAAGGGAGCAGGUGGACGCAAGGGCACUGGCCCCGUUGCUGGUUUUGGCAACGGACGCGGACGCGGCAAAGGCAGGGGGGAUGGAAGCGGUCGUGGGAGUAGCCUUGGCACCGGUCGUGAGGGAUCCGGUUUGGGCAACCAAGGCGACUCCGAAGGGGCCUCCGCAAACCGACAGGAGUGGGCAUCCUGCGCAAAGAUCAACGGAGAAGUCAAGACCCUUUGCAUGCGCUGGAGUCAGCGCACAGGCUAUAACAAUCCGUCUUGCCACUUUGUGCAUCUUUGUCCCGUGAAGGUUCCCAGUGGCAAGGUGGCUUUGGCUGUGUCUGCCUCCGACACAUUAUCCUCCAGGGGCCUGCCACCCCAGCACACAAAUCCCGAAGAUGACACGUCGGACACGAACAGCUUCGAGCCAGAGCCAGCUCCUGCACCGGUCUCCGCGGAGUCCAUGCCAGGGCUGUUUCCGCCUUCCUUCUCUCAUAUCACUCCUGUCCUACAGUCCGUCCGGGAUUUUAAGCAACCCUUCUUCCUGGACAUUUGCGCGGGAGCGGGCUCGCCGCUCAGCUCAGCUUUCGUGGAGAAGGGGGCGCCUUGUCUGUCAAUAGACAUUCUCAUCGACGCAAACAUAGAUCCUCUCCAGGACGAUUUCUUUGAAUACUUGCUUCGCAUUUGCACGUCCCACCAGGUCUUGCUAGAACAGCCUCCGAACAGCGUGGCUUGGGGGGAGCCGAUUACAACAAACUUCUUGGCAUCCAUCAGCGCGGAUCUGGUCCACGUGGCCGCUUGUUCCGUCGACCUUGACAUGCGCAGAGCUUGGCUUAUGGCUACUUCAUUCAGGGCCUUUCAGGCUCUCGCCUCUACAUGUCUACACACCCAGGGGACCCACGUGGCUUUGCAGUGUUUGUGUGAUGAGGCCGGCAACUUCUGCAGUCGGGCAUCUGCAGAGUACCCCCCCCCUCUAGCGGACAUGUACGCUGAGCGAGCCCUGCCCCUCUUCGAUGUGGAACAAGGGGUAGGCUGUGCCCUCUCUCUCGCCACGGUACCUCUGCUUGCCAAACUCAAGGCCCUUCAUGAGGCUCCCGUGGCUUCGCAAGACCGGGCCGGCAUCCUCUCCAUGCCAGACUGGAGUGCACCACCUUCAGGAGCUACAGACGUCUUUGCACACCUUAGGCCCAAGCUGAUGAAUUUUCUCCUUCAGGGUCGUCUUUCUCAGCGUUUGCGCACUUUGGGUUUGGGAAGAUCCGCGGAGGCUCUUUUCUCAAGCUCGGAAGUAGACGCCCCGCGUCGCCUGUUCCAGGACUGGCUCUCUGCACGUUUCCCUGGCAUUUCCGUUUCCUGGGAAAUAUCCUCAGGACAACCAUACUGCCCUCAGGCUCUGGCAGCUGUCCCAAGCAUUUGUCAGGAUCGAGACGUGUCCUUGUUCACCUGUCUUGAACAGGGGGUGCCCACUGGCUUUGAUGGGAACAUUCCGUUGUCCAAUGUUUUCCUGCCACAAGAAGGGGGCCAUCCCCUCGAGCAAUCGCUUGGCAUUUGUCAUGGCAGUUGGUCGAGCGCUGAAGCGGACCUUCCGACCCGGCAUGCCUUAGUAGACGAGGAGACCGCCAAUGGCUGGUUCUUGGAGCUGGUUUCUUUGGAAGCGGCUCGAGAACGUUUUGGCGACAAGCUGGCCAUUAAAAAGAUGUCCAUCGUCAAAGCUGAAGGCAAAAAGCUGCGCCUUGUGGUCGACUCCACUGUCUGUGGCACUGACCCCUCUUGCUCGAUCCCCGAGACGUUCACACCCCCGGGUAUUGACGAUGUCAGGGAUUCUUUCUCUUUGCGGUGUCACUCUGGUCUGUGCGCGGGGUUUGCGUUUGACAUCAAAUCAGCUCACAAAGUGGUCCGAGUUCGUGACUCUGAUCAGGGACUUCUUGGGGUCUCCCUCCCCAAGAUCCCAGGUCCUGGCCAACGCGGGCUUUCUUACCGCGUUUGUCCCUUUGGCGCAAACUCCCCGGCACUCGGGUUCCAGCGCCUUGGAAGCCUUUUCCUUCGCACGUUACACCUUUGGACAAGGCUUCGACGCGCCCUACUGGACCACGUGGACGACUUUGUGUUGUUUCAGGACCAGGAGGUCAUUGGCCUUACAGCAUGCAUGACACUGGCCUUUUGUGCUCUGUUCAACGUACCGCCGUCCAACGCCAAGUUACAGCUUGGCAUUUGUAUCCACUGGAUAGGCUGGCACUUUUCCUUUGGCUCUGGCACUUUCUCCAUUCCGGGUGAAAAAGUCCAGAAGUUGAAGCGCCUGUUGCAGGAAGCCUUACAGGGUCGCCAUGUUUCGAAACGAACCCUGGACAAGGUCAUCAGGCUGCUGCAGUGGUUUUGCAAACUGUACAAGCUGUUUAAGCCCUGGUUGCAAACCCUGUACGCUGAUGCGAACCGUCCAUGGGCCACUAACUAUAGCAUUGACCCCGGCGAUUGGCCCGGCUUGGCCAUUUGCGUUAGUGAGGGGCUUGUCGUCAUCUCCACGCCGCCGGACACAAGCAUUCCGACAGGCGCCAAGCUCAUUGAAGCCAGGCAUUUGGCCCUGCAGUCCAAGAAAGACUUUGUAAAAAUUCCCACCUCGAAACGUCUUUGGGUGAGAGUGACGGACCCCUCCACUACUCGCCGCAAGCUGUCGGUCUCCAGCCGUUAG